UGAAUGUCCAAGAACACAAAGUCCUUGGGACUAGGCAAGGCUCGCCAAGAUAGUACGUUCGGAACGUCAGUCUACCUUCUGUAAGGAACUUCAGAAGAUAGUUUCUGCUCGUGCUAUGGCUCUUGCUUCAUAAGGUGCCACGUGGCUGCACGCACGACGCGCUCUAACAAUGGGAAACGAAGGCGAGGGCAGCGCUGCCACAGAACUGGAGAGCACCGUCACCGUCAUUGGUCCAGCUGGCACGCCGUUAUCCGACGCGAAGAUCACGCACGUCAUUUUCGACCUCGACGGCACGCUCAUCGACACCGAGAGUGUGGUGACGGACGUGUCAAGGAUGCUAGUGGAGAAAUACGGCAAGACAUGGACCGGCGAGGGAGCGGAGGACCGCAUUGGGAAGCGGCCACUCGACGGGGCUCGUGCCACAGUGAGGCAGUACGGGCUGCCGUGUAGUGGAGAGGAGCUGCUGGCGCAAACCCAUGGGCUGGUAGAGGAGAGGUGGAGCCAGGCCAAGGCCCUCCCAGGCGCCCUCCGUCUGCUGCUGCACCUCAAGGCGUGCGGCAUUCCCAUGGCCGUUGCCUCCAGCUCCCCCAGGAGGAAUGUGAACAUCAAGCUCUCCUUCCACGCUGGGUGGACGGGCAUGCUGCAAGUGCUGGUGGGGGGGGACGAAGUGGAGCGUGGGAAACCGCGACCUGACAUAUUCCUUCGAGCUGCUGAACUGCUGGGCGCUUCUCCCGCUCACUGCCUAGUUGUGGAAGAUGCCCCAGCAGGGGUCGAGGCCGCCGUUGCAGCCGGCAUGUGGGUGCUCGCAGUGCCCUCGCUGCCAAACAAGGCCGCCCGGCCACUCUACUCUGCCGCCCAUCAGCUGCUACCCUCCCUGCUGGACUUCCAACCACAGCAGUGGGGCCUUCCCCCCUUCACUGACUGGUUGCACGGCUCGCUGGCCAUCACCCCGUGGUACAUUAAGGGGCCGGUCAUCAAGGGAUUCGGUCGCGGGUCCAAGGUGCUCGGCAUCCCCACAGCCAACCUGCCAGCCUCAAGUUUCACGGGCCAUCUAGCAGAGCAUGUGUGCGGCAUCUACCACGGGUGGGCGGGGCUCAAGGGCAGGGGCGUGUUCAAGAUGGUUAUGAGUGUGGGGUGGAAUCCCUUCUUCAACAACACUCACAAGACCGUGGAGCCCUGGCUGCUGCACGACUUUGGGGAGGACUUUUACGAUGAGGAGCUCAGGCUGGUUGUAGUGGGUUACAUCCGCCCAGAGGCUGACUUUCCCUCUCUCCCGUCGCUCAUCGCCCGCAUUCAUGAGGACGGAGACAUUGCCCGUGCUGCUCUUGACUCGCCCCCCUUCGCUCCUUUUAAAGAAGAUCCGUUUCUGAGCGAAGGGCACGCAUAGAAUGAAUUGUGCGAUGGGGAGAUGCAUCAUAAGGGGCAGCAGCUGGUAUGCGAGUUGAGCUUUUUGAAGACCCUCAAGACAGCACAGACAUGUGGAGAUGGAAGGAUACUGCACAUUACAACACUGGGCGAAAUUCACACACGUGAGGGCCUUUCAUUGGGGGGGAGGGGGGGGGGGGGGGGAGGGGGGAGGGGGUGAAAGGAGUUGAUAUUGAAAGGAGUCAAGGGCGUGGUUAGCGGAUGGGCGGGUUUGUAAAAUAGUGGUGCUGGUGGGGGAAAUGCCACUGUAGAAAUGUCAUUGCUGUUGGUGGUUCCUUCCGCAGAUGCCUCUGUUUUUUAUGCAAGAUUGCCGUAAUGCUUCCAUAGGAAAGGCAUGUUGAGAAAAUGUUACAUUGUGUGUGUUUGUGAAACAAUAAGCGCCUUUGGAAUCCUGUUGUUGUAUUAUGGAAACAGCCGGUAUUACUGAG